AUGGCUAUUGCUUGUACAAACCUGACCAAUGUUGUGCGCUCGGUGCAUCUGCUCAGGGUCGAUGGCUACAGCAUCACCAAAGCCAUGCGCAGCGAUAGCUGGAUCAAGUCAAGGUGGAACGUCGGCGGGUACGAGUGGGGAGUCCACGUCCAUCCUGCACUGCCGAACGACACCAUCGACCAUAGACCGUGGGUCGCGCUGAGGCUCGUCUUCCUCAGCGAUGGUUGCACUAUGCCCAACGUCGAAGCGAGCAUGCGCUGCCGUUUGGUGGAUCCGAGGGGGACGGCUGAUCCGUCCGAAGAGAAGAGUAUCACGUGUAAGUUCAAUAAUCGUCCGAAGCGCCAGCUUGGGGUCUCAGGAGAUUGCUCGGAUCCAGCUUAUCUCAUGUCGGCACGGGAACUAGAGGCGUCGUGCUAUCUCAAGGACGACUCCUUCACCGUGCAAUGCACUGUCACGGUGCUCAAGGACUUGGCCGAAGUAACGAUCCGGGACGACGGACCAUUGCCCGUCGUGCCGUCCUCGGGCUUGUACCACCACCUCGGCGAGCUGCUGCGGAGCGGCACCGCGGCGGACGUCGAGUUUAUCGUGUCGGGGGAGUCCUUGGUUGCUCACAAGAACAUAUUGGCGGCGAGGUCCCCUGUGCUCAUGUCCGAGUUCUUUGGGCACAUGAGGGAGGCGAGCUCUCGGGUCGUCGUGAUCGAGGACAUGGAGGCGGCGGCGUUCAAGGCCAUGCUGCACUUCAUCUACACCGACACGGUGCCUGCUGAACUUGAUGGGCAUGGCGAGGACGAGGCAGCGACGUCGAUGGCUCAGCAUCUACUUGUGGCUGCUGACAGGUAUGGACUGGACAGUCUCAAGCUGAUUUGCGUGAACAAGCUAUUCAGUUGCAUCACCGCCGACACAGCCGUGGCAAUUUUGGUUUUGGCCGAUCAACACAACUGUUCCCAACUCAAGGCCAAGUGUGCAGAAUUCUUGUUCAACACACUCCCGCGAUGCUAGAU